AUGAACAAGGUUGAGGAGUUCAACGACGACGCAGGGGCUGAUAUAGGGGAAUUGACGGGGAGCGCAAACCUAUCGUUUGAAGACAUAAAGCACAUUAGAAACGAAGGAGGAAUCUACAAUUCAAACUCUAAUUUGGACACUGCACCCAUCAUCCCCACUUUAGGAACUUUUGGGAGACAAGUACCCAUCAGUUCCAAUUCAAAGCUAAACAAUGUACAGUAUAGGAAGCAAAUGAAUCAACAAAAAAAGAUGGCCUUGCUCAAUGGUGCAAGAGCAAAUUCAUUGGCCACGGGCGGAAAUCCCAUGCAGCAGGGUCCCCGAGCAAAUUCACUAGCUACAGUUGGGAAUCCAAUGCAACAAGGUCCCCGAGCAAACUCACUAGCAACAGGUUUCAAUCCCAUGUACGAUGGCUCUCGAGCAAAUUCCAUGGCUGCAAGCUUUUCCGCAAUGCCUGCUGACCAGCGUUACCCAUUUGCACAACAACAGAUGAUGCCAGAUCCUCGAUCUAUGUCAAUGACUUCUCAAAGAGGUAAUCCCAUGAGGCCACGCCCACAGGAACAAUUUCCAAUGAGACAACAACAGUUUCCACCCCAAAAUCCGCAACAAUUUGACCAAAGCGGUCGGUCUAUGUCAUUAAUGAGCGGUGGUGGAAUUUAUGGUCAAAACUAUCCGAGAACAAAGUCGCUAGGAGGAUCAAGACCUUUUGUGGGUGGUCCCCCUCAGGGAUAUCAAGGUCCACCAUUACGAAGCAAAAACUUGGUUUCAUCAGCCCAGUUACAACAACCCCAAGGUCCUCUUCAAUUCAAUAAUCAAUAUCCCCUGCAACCGCAAUUUUAUCAAGAUCAAAAUUUCAGGGCCAACGGGCGAUCAGAUCCUGCAGUUGGUGGACCAGUUGGCCCCGAAAACCAGAUGAGACUGGGCCCUAGUGGGCCAUAUCAGAGACAACCUCCCAACGCACAGUUUUCCCAGCAACAGCCACUUCAGUUUGAAAAUGAACAGCAAUUUGAAAAUGGCUAUACGCAGUCCUUUCAACCGAAGACAGCACCGCUGUCUAAUGUAGGUUACGACCGCAUGCAACAACACUCUUUAGAGGAAUUGGGAGAGGUUCGUGAAGAGGAAGAAGGCAAUCACAACGACGAGGAAGACGAAGACGUAAUCUACAAGUUUGACAAAGAAGAAAGUAAAGGUAUUGACCUAUCACGAAAGUCCACAUUGAAAAAGAAUAACUCAAUGAAAAUACGCAAGUUAGAUUUGUUUAACGAUGGCGGGCGGAAUGCACAACAGGAUCAAGGGGAGUCCCAAUCAUCUACCCCUGAGGAAACAACUGACAAAUCACCCUCUAUUGCACCAUCCACAAGAAGCGAUUCGCCAGAUCUCAACGAGUUGCAACCUUCGAAUUCUCACUCAACUUUGCUUGGCAACAGAAAGCCACUGGAACAACACUCACUCCGUAGCAUAAGAGACAACACAGCUUUUAGCAAUUUUAGGAACCCUUCUGCAGAUACAAAUCCGCAACUUUCUAACACACAGUUGGUCCAAACUGCGUCUCCUUCGUCAUUUUACGAAGCAAGUGACUCGCCAAUGGGCAACAAUUUUGAUAGCGAAAGUGAAUUUCAUGGAGCCAGGCAAAAUGUACACGGCUCAAACACACCACCUACUGCACCAACCUCCCAAGUAUCGCAUUCGGCCGAUGGCAAAUUCGACAACUACUCUAACAUCACCGAGCCUAUUCAGGAUAUAUCUGAAAAGGAAAGCAAGGGUAUAUAUAGUCCAGUUCAGGACAACACAACUCACAAGGAAACUAGACCGUUUGACAAUAAUUACGAGCAAACGAACCAAGCGGAGAGAGGAGGACUGCUGAAUUCAGUCCCUCGCACAUUCUCUUCAGCAUCCCAUUCAAGCCAGCUGAGUAAAAAAGAAAAGAGGUCUUCAUUUUCAGGAAGGAAUUUUUUGAAGCGUUUGUCAAGAUCAAAGAGAUCAAGUGUUGCUGAGCCGGAACGAGAUUUAAAUUCUCAUCAGAGAACUCCAUCUUCCAAUACUAUCGUUUCAUCCAUUGGCGAUCGGUCAAUGCAGCAGAAACCGUUGCCUUUUACCAAGGAGGAGAUGCACAUUAUGAACUGCAACACCGAGUUACUUGAUGAAUUGGAGUCAAUCACAAGGGAAUUAGCAUCGUCAAUCAAGAGGGAACUUUCUUUGGAAACUCGACUCAAGAACCAUACAGUUUAUUCUCGCUCUCCAGGUGGUGAACCCGACAAUUUGGAGUCUGUUGUUAUUGAAAAGUCCAAAGCUAUUGUCGAGUUGCAGGAAAAGUUGAACAAGGAGAAAAGACUCCGAUUUAUAAGUGAAGAGCAUGCAUUGCUUCAAGAACAAGGUCAAUCGCCAAGCCCAUUGAAGUUGGAGUAUGAAAAGACGGAAAUUUACAAUCAGUUAGUUGCAAAGAAUGACCUCGUGAAUCAACUUCAAAACAGGAUAUCCGAAUUGGAAUCCCAAGACCAAUUGGACCUCAAUGCAAUGGACAGCAACUUGAUUGAAAAGAUUCAGAUUCUACAAGCUGAGAAUGAAGACUUGUUGAGUCAGAAUUACUCGCAGCAGGAGGAAAUCAAAAUAUUAGAAAGUCAAAGAGAUGAGUUGAGAGAAGUUAUUGGAAAACUCACCUCACAGAAUAAUCAGGAUACAAAGCUUCUCAAUGACAAAAUAAAGGCGUUGGAGUUAAAAUGUCAAAACUUGAAAGGUGUCAAUGAUAGAUUAACCAACAGAGAAGGAAACUCAAGCACUUCGAACGGACCGUCUUUUGGAUUUAAUAGAUUUGGAUCAAGGGGGAAGCUCAACGGGUUUACCAUUGUUUCCCCCAAUGAGAGUAGAUUUUUAGAUGAUCGUUAG